AUGUCCUUCAUAGACACACUGGUAACGGGCAAUGAAGCAAAUAAAGAACCCGAAGGAAGCCAAGUCACAGUCCAAACCAAUAUGGUCUCCGAUAUACAUGAGGAUGAAACAAACAACUACCCUAACUCGGAACUGUUCAUUCCCAUUACCUCAUCGGAUAAGAAACGUAUAUAUAAAAAUUGGUCGAGUGCCCUCAUCGUUAAAAUCUUUGGGAGGAGAAUAGGCUAUCAAUUUCUCCAGAAAAAAGUCCAUGCAAUAUGGAAGCCAACAGAAAACCUUUCUCUAAUAGAUUUAGGUUGUGACUACUAUUUAAUAAAGUUUACCAAAGAGGAAAGCUAUAACAAAGCCCUUCAUGAAGGGCCAUGGUUCAUAGGGAACCAAUUUCUCACGGUUAGAAAAUGGGAACCCAGAUUCGUAGCAUCAAAAGCAGCCUUAACCUACUCAGCUAUAUGGGCAAGGCUUCCGGAGCUACCUACGGAAUUUUACGACUAUGAGAUCCUUCAAAAAAUUGGUCAGAAGUUGGGACAACUAAUACGUAUCGACGCAAGCACCAAAUCCGCCUUAAGGGGUAAGUAUGCUCGACUUUGUGUCAUGGUACCCAUAGAACAACCCCUUAAAACCUUCAUUGUGAUUGGGAAACAUAUACAACAAAUUUGUUACGAAGGUUUUAAUCUACUAUGCACGAAUUGUGGCAGACUUGGUCACAGUGUGAGUAACUGCCCUCACCAAGCACAAAAACCAGCAGAGGAACAAGCUAGCUCGUCCACUUCCAUGGCUAAACCUCACAUGGUGGAUACACUUACCCAAAAAAUAGACCAAUGGGCUAUAGUAUCACACCAAAAGAAAAACAAAAAACAAGAUAAAAACCCUACCAGGAAUGACCUUGAUACCCAUAAGACAAUGACUAACCAAAAGAAAAUUAUAACCAAUACUCAAAAAUGGCAAAAAGCUGAAACCAAAGUAGAAGAAAAGCCACAAAGUGUGGACGAAGAGAGUAAAAAGCCGCUGGACAAUAGCAAGAAGGGAGCCACUAUCACAGCCCAACAACAACACACCCUCAACCCCACUGCCCAGGACAUCACCCCGCUCCACCCUUCAAACAUCGAACCAAACUCAAACACCAUCUCCAACCCCACAAAACCAGAUUUCGAACGUGAUGGAAGAGGAGGGAGAAGAGGAAGAAAUGCCAACGGAAAGAAUAGUGGAGCACGGAGUGUUAAGAUACCCAAAAACAAUGGCAUUCCAAGCAAGAAGAGAAAAAAGAUUCAUCUUAAGUUGCCCAGUGGAUUUGAGGAAAUGCUCAAUUUCCAUAAGAAAGGUGAACCCACCGAGCAUCUACCAACAUGCGGUGGUGUUAGUACCAACAAUGUUCUCCCAUUAUUGGACGCAACAGGAAAUGAUGAGGAACGAAGAUAA